AUGGCGACCGAAACAAUAAUCCGUACCAAAGUCAAGCUGGGCAAGAAUGAAAAACUCGCCCCAGAAAAUGUUCGCUUCAUGCAAGCCUGUAAUGACAUUGCACGUGUCCUCGUGCAAGAGUACGAGGCAAGCCUUGAUGAAGCGAAACCAAAGAAAGAUGUCAACCUCAAUCGACUGCGAGGUGAUGUUGCGAAGAAGCAUAGGUUGAGCACUCAACCACCUCUGACAGCUAUUCUUGCUGCAGUGCCGCCAGAGUACAAGAAGCACCUUAUGCCGAAACUUAUCGCGAAACCGGUAAGAACAGCCUCAGGGAUUGCGGUGGUUGCUGUCAUGUCGAAGCCUCACAGAUGCCCCCACAUCGCUUGGACGGGCCAUGCUUGUGUCUACUGUCCCGGCGGUCCAGACUCCGACUUCGAGUAUUCGACGCAGUCUUACACAGGAUAUGAACCAACCUCGAUGCGGGCCAUUCGCGCUCGUUAUGAUCCCUUCGAACAGGCCCGUGGAAGAGUUGACCAAAUUAAGUCGCUUGGCCACAGCGUCGACAAAGUCGAGUUCAUCAUUAUGGGAGGUACUUUCAUGUCGCUGCCCAAGGACUACCGUGACAAUUUCGUUGCUCAGUUGCACAAUGCGCUCUCAGGGUAUCAAACCGAGAACGUGGACGAAGCGGUCAUGGCCGGCGAGAUGUCGAGCAUCAAGUGUGUUGGCAUCACGAUCGAGACGAGGCCGGAUUUUGGACAAAUUGACCACCUUUCGGACAUGCUAAGAUACGGCUGCACUCGCCUUGAGCUCGGCGUACAGUCACUGUAUGAGGAUGUUGCUCGGGAUACCAACAGAGGCCACACGGUAGCAGCAGUCGUCGAAGCCUUCAAGUUCUGCAAAGACGCUGGCUUCAAGGUUGUCUCGCACAUGAUGCCUGAUUUGCCCAACGUAGGUAUGGAGCGAGAUGUUUUUCAAUUUCAGGAAUAUUUCGAGAACCCAGAUUUCCGAACAGAUGGGCUGAAGAUAUAUCCCACCCUCGUCAUUCGAGGUACUGGUCUCUAUGAACUAUGGCGCACUGGACGAUUCAAGAACUAUACACCCAACGCCCUUGUAGAUCUGGUGGCGAGGAUAUUAGCCCUGGUACCGCCUUGGACGAGGAUAUACCGUGUUCAACGCGAUAUACCAAUGCCGUUGGUGACAUCUGGUGUCGAGAACGGCAACCUCCGAGAACUGGCCUUGUCGCGAAUGAAAGACUUUGGUACGACUUGUCGUGAUGUGCGAACCCGAGAGGUUGGCAUCAACGAGGUCAAAAACAAGAUUCGACCGUCUCAGGUUGAGCUUGUCAGACGGGAUUACAUGGCCAACGGUGGCUGGGAGACAUUCCUUGCUUAUGAGGAUCCCAAGCAAGAUAUUCUCAUUGGCUUGCUUCGGCUGCGAAAGUGUUCGGAGACACAUACCUUCCGACCAGAACUUACAAGUCAGCCAACAAGCAUCGUUCGGGAGCUUCAUGUAUAUGGCCUGGCUGUGCCCAUCCACGGUCGGGAAAAGAGCAAAUUCCAGCAUCAAGGAUACGGCACUCUCUUGAUGAAGGAAGCCGAGAAAAUCGCUCGGGAUGAGCAUGGAAGUGAGAAGCUGAGUGUCAUCAGCGGAGUCGGGGUGAGAAGCUACUACGAGCGUCUUGGCUAUACCCUCGAUGGCCCGUACAUGAGCAAGAUGCUCGACCUUGAUGACGAUGACGUGGAAGAUUGA